AUCAACGAGCUGUGCAUCUCAUCAUUGCUCUUUGAAAUCAAGCAAACGUCGGCAAUUGUCUUGCUGCAUGGCUAUGGCAGCGGUCUAGCGUGUUUUGCUGCGAGUUUCGACAUGUUGUCAACACCAGACGUGAUGCAGCAGCAUGGACCACUGUAUGCGCUCGAUUGGCUCGGUAUGGGUCUUUCUAGUCGACCAAUAGUCAAAAUAUCUGACGGAACUCCUACUGAACAAAGAAUCGCUGCAGAAGCUAAAUUCCUCGAUGCACUAGAAGAGUGGCGUGUAUUGAAAGGGCUUAGCCAACUUGUCUUGGUGGCUCAUUCUUUUGGUGCGUACCUCGCCGUUCGCUAUGCACAGCGGUUUCCGAAUUACAUCAAGCAGCUGAUUCUCAUCAGUCCUGUUGGGAUGAAUGAGAAUCCCUAUCAAGACGCACGCGCCUGUCUACUUGGCGACGCUGCCUUGCUAACGGCAAAACCGGCGAAUCCCUUACCGUGGUUCAUUCAACAUCUUUGGGAUACAGGCUAUACGCCCUUUGACUUUCUUCGCUGGGCGGGGCCAUUUGGACCGAAACUCAUGUCUGCCUGGUCCCACACACUCGUUGUGCCGAGCUCAACCUCCCACAACUCAAAAGACUGCGCAAAACACCGCAUUCAUGACUAUGCGUUCCGCGUCUUUUCACUACCGGCGUCCACUGAACGUCUGCUUUCUUAUAUACUAGCGCCUGGUGCACAUGCUCGGGAAGCAUUAAUGGGGCAAUUGCCAAUGCAUGUACCCAUUUUACUAAUCUAUGGCAAGCGUGAUUGGAUGUCUGUGGAUGCCGGAUUUGAUGCACUGAGAGUGUGUAAUUUGGCAGGCGGGCAAGUCAAGAUGCAUGUCAUUGAAAAUGCGGGACAUCAUGCGUAUAAUGAGGCAUUGGAAGAGUUUGGGUCUGUUGUUUUGAGGGAGAUGAAUUUC